UUAAUAGGCCAUAAAAAAUCCUAUAGGCAGGGUUGCUGCUGGGUGGUUUGAUGGCGUCGAUGUCGAUGAGCUCGUCGAGGCCGCAGUGGACGGCGAGGCAGAACAAGCAGUUCGAGCAGGCGCUGGCGGUGUAGGACAGGGACACGCCGGAGCGGUGGCACAACAUCGCGCGCGCCGUCGGGGGCACGUCCGCCGACGAGGUCAAGCGCUACUACGACCUGCUCGUCGACGACGUCAGGCACAUCGAGGCCGGCAAGGUCCCCUUCCCCGCCUACAGGUGCCCCACCCCACCCUCCGCCGCCGCCGCCAGCUACGAGGCCGACAGGCUGAAGCACCUGAAAAUCUAGCUAUAGGCGACACGAAUGGAAAAGCACCAGUGUGGCGUGUGUGUGCGCCCAGGAUUCCAGGAACAUCGUUGCAUGCAACUAUGCAAGUUUGUGAAUAUAUAAUAUCCCUUUAGUGCUAGUUUGCGCUCUGUACGUAGAUCAACCGAUCUCUCCAAACUGUGUAGUCUGUGUCUCAUUUGUAAAUACAAGUAACUAUGUAAGUGUACAAUAAUGUAAUAUAUCCCAUAACAGUAUAUCUGGGGGAAAUGAAUGGCAUUCCUACAUCUAUUAGUUUGAAA